AUGGGAGCAGCAUUAUCUUCUCCCUGCGCUAUAAAACUUGAUCGAGUGGAUGAACCAUCUCCUGUUUCAUCAUAUCCGGGAGGAGGAAGUACUUCAUCAUUAAAUCAAAAGACAAAAGAAAGAGAAAGAUCUUCAUCAAAAACUGAACAACGAGUUGUAAAAGACAAUUCAGCUAAUGAAGCCGCCUUAUCUAAAAAACAAAAUGAUUUUGAAAAAAGUCCCUCUUCAGGUAAGAAUGGCAACAGUUCUACUACUCCUCAAAAAAGACCUCCUAAAAUUGUUGUCGCUCAUUCUGAAACCCUAAGCACUGCAGAAGUUGAUGGUGCUAGUAAGGUUUCAAUGGAAACAACAAGUAACUCCCCUAAUGAAGCCAAAUCUUCAACCUCUCUUCCAAGCAGUGUAUACAAUGUUCAAUUCCACCAAUCACCAAGUAAUAGGAGUUCAAAAUCAGAACAAGUUGCUUUUAGUGAGGCAAACAAUAGUAUUCAGCCACAACAACAACUGAAUCCGAUAGUAGUUCAACAAGGUAGUAAUCCACUUCCAAUACCAAGUCAAACACUUCCAGUGAGGUCCCCAAAGAAUUAUGAGUUGAGGUCUGGCUCAACAGAAGACCCUCCAACCUUACAACCUCUAAGGAGAUUUCAAUCGCCUACUAAUAGUUCCUAUGAAAACAAACCAACCUUUAACUCCCCUUCUACCCCUGUAAACCUUCAAUCACCAACAAGAACUCCAGCAUCCACUUCAAGAAAUAGGCCUCAUUAUCUCAGUAAAAUAUCCUCACCACCAACAAGAGGAAACUCUCCCACCUCAAUGCUUAGCUCUUUAAGACAAUCUAGAGACCAAAAGAGUAACAGUGAUAGUAGUGUAUAUGAUGUUUCCUCUUCUUUCACUUUAAGUGAGAGCACUGAAUUGGCAGUAACCCCAACCCCAAGUUCAAAGAAAUCAUUGUCCUCAUCAUCUGUUUCAGAAAGUCAUCCCUAUUCUUUGAAACAAAAAUCAUCCUCCUCCGCUUCUAUAUCUACAAAUGUCAAUAAUAAUGUCAAAAAUAUGAAAUCACAAAUUGAAGAAUCUGUAAUGAAAUUUAAUGCCUCCAUAGGCACAGACAGUAAGAGAAUUUUACCAAAAAGAAGACACUCACUUCUUGCUUCUGGGAGAAACUCACCCAGUUUGCUUAAUGAGCUGAAACAAAAUGAAAAAUCAGAUUCAACUUGCUCACCUUCAACAGUUUAUAACCCAAGCAUUCCGAUAGGUCAGAGCAAUAUUGAAAAAAUCCAACAGGAACGAAGAUUUUCAGACUUUGUAACUCCACUCACCAAAAAACGAAGCGCAUUUAAUCAGGCAACUAAACCUGUAAACAAUUCUAAGAAUUCAAGAAAUAGAUUGAGAGCCUCAGUAGAAAAUCCAGCAACUUUGACUCCUGUUAGGGCUCCAGCUAGAAGAAGAAUGAGUAUUUCAGUUUCUCCUCAGCAUAAGGUUGAAAUGACUACAACUGCCCAAGUUGGUAGAGAUCAACACGGAAGAAAGAUAAUCAACCAAUACACAAUCAUCAAAAAGUUAGGUAAGGGAUCUUAUGGAUCAGUAAAGCUCGGUAAAAAUGAACAGACAGGACAAUUGGCUGCCAUUAAGGUUAUUAACCGAUCUCUUCUCAAUAAUAUUAAGAAGAAAUGGAGUGCUCCUGGACAACAACAAAAUAAUCAAAUCAGUAAGAUUAAGUUGGAAAUUGCCAUUCUUAAGAAUCUGGAUCACCCUAAUAUUGUUCGUUUGCUCGAGGUGAUUGAUGAUCCAAUGAAUGACAAGAUUUGCCUUGUUUUCGAAUUUAUUGAUGGUGGCGAAUUGAUGAAACUUAAUGAUGAUGGUGUUCUUGUUGAUGGAAAACCAUUCACAGAAGAUGAAGCAAGAUACUAUUUCAGACAAAUGCUAAACAGUUUAGAAUAUUUACACUUCAACAGAGUUGUACAUAGAGAUAUCAAACCUUCUAAUAUUCUUUUAACUAAGACUAGGGAUGUAAAAUUAUCUGACUUUGGUGUCAGUAAAUUAUUGGCAGAGGACGAAGAGGAUACACUUGAUGACUCUCAAGGAACUCCUGCUUUUUUGCCUCCUGAAGCAUGCUACAAAGGUAAAAUACAAGGUAAACCAGCCGAUAUUUGGGCACUAGGGAUUACAUUAUAUUGUAUGGUGGUGGGACAAGUUCCUUUCCGUUCUGACGAACCUGGAGCAUCCAAGCUUCUCUAUCUGUACUAUGUUAUUCAACAUGAAGAUCCACAAAUACCUGAAAAUCUGAGUCCAGAAUUGAAGGAUAUCAUAACUAGGAUGUUGGAUAAAAACGCAAAAUCAAGAAUUACAAUGGAUGAUCUUCAAGAGCACCCUUGGGUUACUAAGGAUGAAGAGUCCUUCAUAGAAGAGCCACAAAAGACAUUGUCAGAAUUAUAUCCAGAUUUCUCUUCACCAAAUAUUCAAUACUUGGAAUCCAGAAGAAAAUCUGCAAUUCCAACAAACAGAACCUAUGUACACCACGCUCAACUCAGAAAGAUGCACAGUACAAGAAAGGUUGUUGUUGAUUCUGAAGAUAUCGACAAUGCCAUUAAAGAAAAAGAAUACGACCCAAAUACUCCUAAGAAAACCAGUUUCAAGAAGGAACAUCACCAUAACCACAAUGCAUCAAUUGAAAAGAUUUCCCUUGUAAGAAACAGAAGCUCGUGUAAAAUUUUGGUUUCACAAGAACCAUCUAAACAGGAAGUUAGGACUUCCAUUCCAACAAUUGAGAUAAAUUCCAAAACAGAAUAA